AUGGAAAGUUGUGUUCAUCCGUUGAUAGGCCAGCUGCAGCCCAUCUUCAAUGAACUCCAUUCAAGUACUGCUGCCACACUACCAUCUGUCAUAUUAAAACUAGAGUACAUCAUUGGUGACGAAGGCGACACGUUUUUUCAAGGCAGCGCAGGAGGGGAAUUUAGAGCCUCACAUUCAGGACUUUCAAACUGGGUCAACACGCAAAUCAAAGACUUAUUUAGUAAAUCUGAAACGCAACUUGCAGGGAUCUUAUGCACCAAGGCUCUUUUGGGCACUGAUUACAUUGGAAGUAACAGUUUGUUGCAGUUUUUUUUGCAGUUACUGGAAGGGUCUGUAAGGUCGUCCGAUGUGGUUGUGUCGGAAAAGUCAGCUGAAGUGUGGGGUCUUUUACUGAACAACAGCGGUAGCUUUGCGGAGGGCACUGCCCAGACUCGGUUGAAAACAUGCAUCAAGGACCUACGGAUGACGGGGGAUGAGGUGGACAAGGUUGCUGCCUCUCUGUUUCUAUGCCAGCUGUUAAAACAUACUCCGUCAACUGUCGUGCCUUAUCUCGACCUAGUGUUUGAGGGGAUCCGUGUGGCUUUGCGCGAUUUAUCAGAACGUGUGCGAGUGAAUGCUGCAUGUGUCUUGCAAUAUGCGCUUUCCGUGAUGUACACCUCCAUGGGUUCGAGUACCGUAAUAAAAUUGUUGGAUAGUUUUUUAGGGGAUUCACUCAACGGUUUGGAAUCCAAAAAAAAGGACUUGCAGCAUGGUGCCAUUUUGUGUUUUAACGCUGUACUUUUUUCUAUAACGAAUGGCACCUCUUCUUAUGGAGCGGCGGUGGUUCUUUCUUCUGCCUCCGUCUCGUACCUGCAUGAAAUAUGGCAGUGUGUUAACGCGAAAAUUGUCAAUCCCAGUCUGUUGCUGGAGAUUCGACGAGAGCUUUUAAACUCACUGAUUCUUCUUGCAUCCUACGAUACGGUAAAGUUUAGAGAACGAUCCAUUCCCGUUGUACUCGCAGCUGCAUCUACGGUUUUUCGGGUGGCAACAUGUCGUGAAGAGCAUUCAAUGAUGUUUCUUGCAAUGGGGAAGCUGGCGGCCAUAUUACGGGAUCAUGUGACUCUUUUUCUUGACCGUAUGAUGCCGCAUAUCCAGGCGGCACUUGGGCAGAAAUCCAAAGAUGAUCGUUGCCUAGAGGCUGUAACAUGUUUUGCGACCCUAGCAGAGGUGAGCCCCAAGGCUGCGCGACCGUAUCUGCGACAGAUCUUGGCUCUACUCUUUUCUUUUCCUCCAACUGUGGGGUUUACGAGGGACAUUGCACGAAUUUGUGAGGCUUUUCCAGAGCUACGGUCCACUUGUCUAUCGAAAAUAUUGGAAGCGACGAAACAGCAACUUUUAAAUGCACAUCACCGGCUAUCAAUUAGUACCGGUGAGAACGAUGCCGAUGCCGUUCUUUCCCUAGAGUCUUUGAGUGCUCUGAGCAGUCUGGAUUUUUCUGGGUAUUCUACCCUGCCAUUUCUCUGUGAUGCUGUCAUUUGUUAUGUGUCUUUUCCUCACGAAGAAUUACGCCGGGCUGCGAUAAACCUUUGCUUUAAACUUCUCCUUUCUGGGUGUACAGGUUCCCAGUUGCCAUGUGGACGGACACCAGAGGGUGUUGUUGUUCAUCAUGGUCGUGACCACACGCGGCUUAUUAAUACCAUAGUAAGCAAACUUGUGAAUGCUGCUGUUUCCGAUCCCGAAAGUGAUAUUCGUCUACAUACGCUGGAAAGCUUCACAGAGGAAUAUGAUCACGCAUUGGCUCUUCAGCAUGUUGUGAGCUCCCUUUUUCCGGCCUUGCACGACAAGCAUCAAAACAGGUUAGCAGUGGUGCGGUUGCUGGGCCGUGUUUCACGUAGGAAUCCGGCACACAUUUAUCCCAUGUUGAGGAAAAUUAUGGUACAGUGCCUGACAGAGAUACAAUUUUUUGAGCAUGCAAAGAAGCAAGAACAAGCGUUCUCUCUUUUGGGGGCCAUCGUGGAGUCUACACCUGACUUUUCCAAACCAUACGUGCCAUCCUUGCUUAACAGCUGUGUUAAACGUUUACGCGAACCUUCUCAAACAGCUGCGGUAUUGACAGCACUGCUAUCGUGUAUCGGAAAGCUUGUACGCUAUGCGGAAGGUGAUGAUGUUCGUGUCGCUGCUGAAAUACGUCCUGUUGUUGUUCAGCAUAUUUUGGACUCUUCUCAUUUGCCAAAGAAACGGGAAGCGUUACGAGCUCUUGGCGACAUUAUCCGCACAACAAGAGAUGUGAAUAUUUUUGAGGUUCAUCCCGAGCUUCUUUCUGUUUUGCUUCAGGCACUGCAUGGUGGAUUCAAGGAGACGUGGCCUGUGAGAAACGACGUGCUUCAGCUUAUGGGAAUUAUUGGUGCUGUCGAUCCCAUUCGGGUAAAGGAAAUUCUGCGAAAUUCACAUGUAAACGACAGUAACACUGAGAUGGUACCUUCCUUUGGGUUGAGGGGUGAGGAUUCCAUUGCUCAGACCGUCGUACGCAGCGUUCUACAGAUUCUUUCUCUGCCUUCUUUAACGGAUGAACAAAGUGUGGGUGCUGUGAAUGUUAUUGUGAAGAUUAUUUCAUUGAGGGAAGUUUCUUCUAGUGGUCUCAUUCCGUACCAUGCGGAGAUUAUCUCAUUGAUUUUAAAACACGCACGCUUGCAGGUACGUAAACGUGAAGACAUUUUGAUAUGUCUUACCUCUUUUGUUUCACACAUCAAAGAAUACGUUCGCCCAUACCUUGAUGAACUCACGUUAGCCGUUGCCUCCUUUAUCUCAGCAUCCGAUAUCUCCGUUCUCAAUCAGACUCUUGCGCUGGUGAAGCAGCUUCGUCGUUGUUUUCGUGAAGAAUUUCGUCCGUACUUGUCUUCGUUACUCAUUCCCAUUCUUAAUCUCGUGGAGGAGAGCCCACAUGCAGCCGGUGAAAAUGUGUUUGGAUUUCUUUCAGAGAUGGGAUCACUUCUGGAGGAUCAUCUUGACAACGUUUUGCCUGUGGUGUGCGACGUCAUUGUGAAUGCAUCCUUUUCAAAUACGUCUCGGGUGGCGGCGGUGGAGACACUUCGAAGUUUUGCACAACAACUCCCUAGUCUUCGUUUUCAUGCCUCACGCUGCGUUCAUUGUCUUUGUAGGGUCUUGAAGGAGCAGGGGGGCGUGAAGGCAACUGCACGGGGUUCAUUGGGAAGUGCUGCCAUCACAGCUCUUCUUGCCAUUGCGCAGAACUUAGGGAAAACAUUUGAAAAUUUUACACCAAUCGUUUUCCCUGUGGUUGCAGGGCACUACGGAGAGAUGGAUGGGGAGUAUAAGCGAUUCUGCGGCAUCUUGCGGGAUACCAUUAACACAAGAAAAAAUCCAGAGAUGCAACGAUGUCAGGAAGAAAACAAUAGUGGUGGUACGAUCGCCUCACGCUCCGGAACUAACAGCGAUAAAUUACCCGCAGAACGGCCAUCGGAUCCCUUUGAAACCUUACGACAUGUACUACGAAAUUGGGUUCGUUCGAACGACGAGGACUGGAAUCACUGGCUGACGCAGCUUGCGGUGAUUCUUUUACGCUCAAGUCCAUCGCCCUCCCAUGGUUGUGCCCUUACUUUAGCCGAGCUACACGAUCCUUUUGCGCGUCAAAUGCUAUACUCCGCCUUUGCCACUUGUUACAGUGAAAUGAAUGAAAGCACGCGGAAAGAUGUGGUUGGUCUAUUGAGCGAAGUGCUGCGUGGACCGCGGGUGCCCUCCGAGGUUUUGCAGGAAUUACUUAACUUGUCUGAAUACAUGGAGCGUCUCGAGAUUCGUCAGAAUGCACAUGGCAAUGGAUGUCGCAAUGCCUCGCAGGAUUUUAGACUUUUUGACCUCCCCACCUUGAUGGAGAGCAGUGAACGGUGCAACUUGUACUCGAAGGCCCUUCACUAUGUGGAAAUUGAGUUUUUUGAGACCAUUCGAGAAUAUGAGCGGAGUGUUUUUCGAGGUAUUCCACGUCCGCUUCCUUCUGGAGUGUGGCAAAACUUACUGCAGCUUUGUGAAAAGAGCAUUUAUUUAUGCAAUCUUCUUGGGCAGCGAGAGAGCGCAAAUGCAGUGUUAAAAUUUAUCCAGCAGAAUUAUUCGAUGCUUACCGGACAAGAGGUAACCGAGCUCUUUCAGAUGAUGGACGCAAGACUUUUCGAUAAGUUACAAUGGUGGUCACAAAGCUAUCGAGCCUAUGAAAGACGUUUAAGACAGGAGAACAAUAAGAUUUCCAACAUGGUGGGGUUAAUGAAGGCGUUGGAUGCGCUCGGAAGUUAUCCGGAGGUGCUUAAUUUGUGGAAGCAAUAUUCUGUCCAGGUAAGUAAAAAAGAGGUUGUGGAAUUGGCUCCCAUGGGAGCUCACGCCGCAUGGCUUUUAAGAUGCUGGGAUGAUAUGGAAAACAUCACUAGUUUUAUGAGUGAGGAUAGUUACAUUGGUACCACAGCCGUGUUUUACAGAGCCGUACUUGCAACACGGAAAAGACAAUUUCGUGAGGCGGAUAGACUUAUUAAGUUAUGUCGCAAACGACUAGACUCCAACUUGUCAGCUCUUGUGGCGGAGAGCUACGAUCGAGCAUAUGAGCUUUUUGUUGGCAUUCAACAGCUCAGUGAAUUAGAAGAGCUUGCCAUGGCAGCACGUGAUGUGCGGAAUGUGGGCCGUUGGCAGGAGCUUUGGGAGAAGCGACUGGGAUCUAUGGCUUACGAAGGGUGGCCUGGCACCUUGGCCAAUCACACUCUUUUGGUGCCCCCAGCGCAAGAAUUGGAUAUGUGGCUUCGUUUUGUCAGUCUUAGUCGUGCAAACGGGCGAGAGCGUGUUUCUAAUGAUGUUUUGCAUGAAUUACUUGGAAACCAGUCGAUUGAGUCUGCUGUUGCGAAUCAGAUGCUUCAGCCCGCGGUUGCUUUAGGGGCCUUUCAGCACCUUUACGAAACCAAUCGGAAGAAGAAGGCAAUUGAGAUGUUGGAACAGUAUGUGGAGAAGGUGGAGCAGAUGGGAACUCAACACGCGAAUCGGGCGCGAGAAGAGCUGGCAAUUUGCCACGCCAAGUUAGCCGAAUGGUUAACUCACCGGAAAAAGUCACAUAGUUUUGCUGAAACAUUACGAAGUGCUCUCCAUCAUCUGCGCUGUGCCACAGACUUGGAUAAUAAAAAUGGAACGAUUUGGCAUACGUGGGCUCGUCUUCACCAUGAAGCAGCCAUGAAAAACAUCUCUGGUAAGGUGUCUCCAAGUGUUGAGGAUCACAUUGUGUGUGCCAUUGAUGGAUAUCUCCGAAGUGUUUGUCUUUCACAGGAGUUGGAGGAUACUCUUGGGUUUUUGUCGCUUUGGUUUAUGCAUGCAUCUCUUCCAUCGAUUCAAGGAAGCUCAACCAUUAAGGCGGGUAUCCAUCAAGUCAGUCCAACAGUGUGGCUCAAGGUAAUCCCUCAAAUUAUUGCUCGCAUCUAUUCACGUGAUGCGGUUAUUGCGGAAUAUGCCUAUCAUCUUAUGGUCAUCAUUGCCAAAUCACAUCCUCAAGCUAUUCUUUAUAGCUUGAAUGUUGCGAAUACUAGCCACCAAAUGAAGGUAUCGUCUGAGUGUGUGGAAAGACAAAAGGGAACGCAGCGUGUGCUUGCACGAAUCGCAGAAUUCCAUCACAAUGGAAAAACAAUGGUUAAUGAUGCUGCUUUGGCUUGCCGUGAAUUGGUGCGGUGUGCUGUUUUGUGGCCGGAACUCUGGUUUGACGAGUUGGAGCGGGUAUGGUUCCAGUGGGGGAAAGACAAAAAUGCCAAUAACGUUUUAUCCGCGCUAAAUCCCUUACUGGAGCAACUCAAAAUGCCUGAAACAAUGGCGGAAUCUCAUUUUGCAAUGGAAUUUGGUCAACUUCUUACCGAAGCCUUUGGUUACGUUGAAAAAUCUGCCUUAUUAGACUCUGAAGGCUACAUGGAAGAGGCGUGGAGUCGAUUUAAGACAGCGGUGAAAAGGAUGGAUGAUCAGAUCAAUGGAAUGUCCUCGCUGGCUUUGCAGUUGGUGAGUCCACGCCUGUUGCAGAAUGGAAAGAAUUUGUCUCUUGUUGUUCCGGGGCAAUAUAAAGAGAACGGCAGUUACCCACGAAUCGCUUCUUUUCGAGGCGCCUUGAAGGUCAUGAACUCGAAACAACGCCCGCGGCGCAUAUAUAUUAACGGCUCUGACGGAAAUCUCUACAAGUUCUUAUUAAAGGGUCAUGAAGACCUCCGGUUGGACGAACGAGUAAUGCAAUUACUGGGAUUUGCAAACAAAAUUCUUGAAAAACACCUGGUGACGAAACGUCGAGGCUGUCUUAUUCAAACUUAUUCUGUAACACCACUUAGUGAUAACGCCGGGCUUGUUGGUUGGGUGGAUCAUUGUGAUACACUCCACCAGAUCAUUAAGGAGUACCGAAUUCAUCCAAAGUAUCUCAGCACAGAACUCAACCUAAUGCGAAGCAUGUCUGAUGAACUACACCAUCUCACUGUUAUUCAACAUGUUGAACCAUUUGAGUUGGCAUUGGAAAGGACGGAAGGUGACGAUCUUGUCCGUUCGCUGUGGAUGAAGGCCCCCAGCGCGGAGACAUGGCUUGAAAGACGAACCACCUACGUCUGUUCUCUCGCCACCAUGUCUAUGGUAGGCCACAUUCUGGGUCUUGGCGAUCGUCACCCGUCGAACUUGAUGAUUCACGCAUUCAGUGGCAGAGUUGUGCACAUAGAUUUUGGUGACUGUUUUGAAGUUGCAAAACAACGUAGUAACUACCCAGAGAAGGUGCCAUUUCGCCUUACGCGUAUGCUUGUUAAGGCCAUGGAGAUGGGGGGCAUAGAGGGUCUUUUUCGCCACGGGUGCAUCGUGGUGAUGGGCGUUUUGCGCGAGGAGGGUAGCAGCCUACUGGCUCUGUUGGAGGCGUUUGUACACGAUCCACUUGUGUCUUGGUGGCGUGAUGAGGGAGGAAACGACAGAUGCACAAACAACAAGGAUAAUGCGAAGCAGUCUACUUCAAUGACAGGUUCACUGCGUGCCAGUCAUGAGGAGUAUGAUGUGGGGAGUGUACACGGAACCCAGAGAUCCCUGCAUCGUCGGGGGGCAAUCUCGCGUGUAUGCAUCCAGGGAGAGGAGAUAGCACUACAGCAGACUCGAAAGGCCCAGAGUGUUGUGAAUCGUAUCAAGGAGAAACUUGAGGGGUUUGACUUUUUUCAUGACAGGCCAAGUCGCGGCGAUGAUGGCCUUACUGUUGAGGAGCAGGUUUCAAGACUGAUUCAGGAGGCCACUUCCAAUGAGAAUUUGUGCGUUCAUUUCUCGGGUUGGUGCCCAUUUUGGUAG